GGCAGUGGCAGUUUUCAAAUUUAUUUAGCAAGAUGAAGAUCUUAAUAAUAUUGAUAUUGGCAAGCCUAGGUUACGUUGUAGGCUGGACAGUAAAAAGAGCCAUGCUUGAACAACAAAUACAGGAUAAAAAAAUCAAAGAGGAUGCUAUUAGGGCCGAACAAAAACGGCUUGAGGAACAAAAAAUUAAGGAUAAAAAAAGAAAAGAUGAUGCUAUUAGGGCCGAACAAAAACGACUUGAGGAACAAAAAAUUAAGGAUAAAAAAAGAAAAGAUGAUGCUAUUAGAGCCGAACAAAAACGACUUGAGGAACAAAAAUUAAGGAUAAAAAAAGAAAAGAUGAUGCUAUUAGAGCCGAACAAAAACGACUUGAGGAACAAAAAAUUAAGGAUAAAAAAAGAAAUGAUGAUUUAUUAAAAGAUAUGAAGGACCGUCUGAAUCGAAAAAUAAGGAGUAACAUAGACAGAUAUAAAUGCCAAUCGCAGCCUGAUCUCCGCACCUGGAUAUUCAAGCUAGAACUAGCUAUUCUCAAAUCAGACUAUGAAAACAAAAGUGAUAAUUUAUCGGAAUUUGAAAGUUUCAUCAAACAACGAGAAAAUUUGAAUAUGCAACUAAGAGCGCUUAUAAACGCUCGUGUCUCGCUGAUACAUCACAGUAGUGGGCACUCAAGUUGUGUGAAAUUCUACCGAAAGCAAAAAGAGCAUUGGAGGCGGCAUUAGAGCAGUCCAACGAUUCAAAACAGCGUGCCUACCAAGAAAACAGUAACGGAUGUACAAUACCAAGGGAAGAUAGCACCUAUGACUAUGUUUACUAAACAUGAAACAACUCAGCAUUUUGGUUUAUGGAACAUGUAACAAUAUUAAUUAAAGAUUGUUCGCAAUGAAGGCAAAUAAA